GCGCAGUUGAACCCUGGCUCUGGGGGAUUCCUGUGUGCUCCAGCUCUGAACUCGAUCCAACCAAAGCAUUCCACAGCUAGCACCUUGAGCUGUACAAGCCAGGCUGUCGUGCAAUGACAGAAAUUGAGCACAUUACCAGUUAAGAGUCCGGAAUAUUAUUAUAAACGCAUUAGACCAUGGUGGUCAUAUCAGGCACAGCUACAGUGCUGCAGCAGUUUGUCAGUGGGCUCAAGAGCCGGAAUGAAGACACCAGAGCAAAAUCUGCCAAAGAUCUGCAGCACUAUGUGACCACAGAACUGAGAGAGUUAAGCCAAGAUGAAUCCACUACAUUCUAUGAUGAGUUAAACCACCACAUAUUUGAGCUGGUAUCCAGCUCUGAUGUGAAUGAGAAGAAAGGCGGCAUCCUCGCUAUAGUGAGUCUGAUUGGAGUGGAGGGGGGAAAUGCCACCAGGAUCAGCCGAUUCGCUAACUACCUCCGCAACCUGCUCCCCUCCAGCGACCCAGUGGUGAUGGAGAUGGCCUCUAAAGCCAUGGGCCACUUGUCCAUGGCUGGAGACACGUUCACUGCUGAGUAUGUGGAGUUUGAGGUGAAGAGGGCUCUGGAGUGGCUGGGAGCGGACAGAAAUGAAGGCAGACGCCACGCAGCAGUGUUGGUGUUGAGGGAACUGGCUGUGAGUGCGCCCACCUUCUUUUUCCAGCAAGUGCAGCCGUUUUUUGACAACGUCUUUUAUGCAGUGUGGGAUCCUAAGCAGGCCAUUCGAGAAGGUGCGGUGUCUGCUCUGCGAGCUUGUCUUAUCCUCACCACACAGAGGGAGACCAAAGAGAUGCAGAAACCACAGUGGUACAAACAAACCUUUGAGGAGGCAGAGAAAGGCUUCGAUGAGACUUUGGCCAAAGAGAAAGGGAUGAAUCGUGACGAUCGGGUCCAUGGAGCGCUUCUGAUCCUUAAUGAGCUGGUUCGAAUCAGCAGCAUGGAGGGAGAGCGUAUGCGUGAGGAGAUGGAGGAGAUCACACAGCAGCAGCAGGUCCAUGAUAAAUACUGCAAGGAACUGAUGGGAUUUGGAACCAGGCCCCGUCAUAUUACACCCUUCACCAGCUUCCAGUCCGUGCAGCCCCAGCAGUCAAACGCCCUCCUGGGAUUGUUGGGCUACAGCACGCCUCAAGGCUUCCUCAGUUUUGGAGCCACACCGGUACCUGCCAAGAGCUCCCUGGUGGAGAGUAGAUACUGCCGCGAGCUGAUGGAGGAGAGGUUCGACCAGGUGUGUCGGUGGGUCCUGAAAUACAAAACCUGUAAAAACCCUUUGAUCCAGAUGACCAUUCUCAACCUGCUUCCACGCUUAGCUGCAUUCCAGCCACACACAUUUACAGAUCAGUACUUAUCGGACACGAUGGGGUAUCUGCUGGGCUGUCUGAAGAAGGAGAAGGAGAGGACAGCAGCUUUCCAGGCUUUGGGGCUGCUGGUAGUGGCUGUCAGGACAGAAAUCCAGCCGUAUCUCAUGAAGAUCCUUGAGAUCAUCAAAGCUGCCCUGCCACCCAAGGACUUUGCACACAAGAGACAGAAGACCAUGCAGGUGGACGCCACAGUGUUCACUUGUAUCAGCAUGCUUUCUAGAGCCAUGGGUCCCAGCAUCCAGCCAGACGUCAAGGAGCUUCUGGAGCCUAUGCUGGCUGUGGGCCUCAGUCCUGCACUUACAGCAGUUCUUUAUGACCUGAGCCGUCAAAUCCCCCUGUUGAAAAAAGACAUCCAGGAUGGUUUGCUGAAGAUGCUUUCCUUGGUGUUGAUGCACAAGCCUCUGCGACACCCAGGAAUGCCCAAAGGCCUGGCUCACCAGCUCGCCUCACCGAGCCUCACAAACAUUCCAGAGGCCAGUGAUGUUGGCAGCAUCACCCUGGCUUUGCGCACGCUAGGAAGCUUUGAAUUUGAAGGACACUCCCUGACCCAAUUUGUGCGCCACUGUGCGGAUCACUUUCUGAACAGUGAACAUAAAGAAAUCCGAAUGGAGGCCGCCCGGACCUGCUCACGUCUCCUCACGCCCUCCAUUCAUUUGAUCAGCGGCCAUGUUGUCAGCCAGACCGCUGUUCAGGUGGUCGCAGAUGUGCUCAGCAAGCUGCUAGUUGUUGGCAUCACUGAUCCAGACCCUGAUAUUCGAUACUGUGUCCUCGCGUCUCUUGAUGAGCGUUUUGAUGCACACCUUGCCCAGGCUGAGAAUUUGCAGGCGUUGUUUGUUGCACUGAACGAUGAGGUGUUCGAGAUCAGAGAACUGGCCAUCUGCACAAUAGGACGCCUCAGCAGCAUGAACCCCGCUUUUGUCAUGCCUUUCCUUCGCAAGAUGCUAAUCCAGAUUUUAACAGAAUUGGAGCACAGUGGCGUUGGCAGAAACAAAGAGCAGAGUGCUCGUAUGCUCGGUCACCUGGUCUCCAACGCCCCCCGCCUCAUCCGUCCAUACAUGGAACCCAUCCUUAAGGCUCUCAUUCUCAAACUUAAAGACCCGGAUCCAAACCCUGGAGUGGUGAUCUGCGUCCUUGCAACAAUUGGCGAGUUGGCUCAGGUGAGUGGGCUGGAGAUGAGGAAGUGGAUGGAUGAGCUGUUCCCCAUCAUCAUGGACAUGCUGCAGGACUCUUCUUCCUUGGCUAAACGACAGGUGGCGCUUUGGACUCUCGGCCAGCAGGUGGCUAGUACAGGCUAUGUGGUGGAGCCCUACCGCAAAUACCCUUCCCUUCUAGAUGUGCUGCUCAACUUCCUCAAAACGGAACAAAACCAGGGUAUCAGGAGAGAGGCCAUACGUGUUCUGGGUCUUCUUGGUGCUCUGGAUCCCUACAAGCACAAGGUGAACAUCGGCAUGAUUGACCAGUCCCGAGAUGCUUCUGCUGUCAGUUUGUCUGAGUCGAAGUCCAGUCAAGACUCAGCGGACUUCAGCACAAGUGAAAUGCUGGUGAACAUGGGCAACCUUCCUCUGGAUGAGUUUUAUCCUGCUGUGGCUAUCGUCACUUUGAUGCGCAUCCUGAGAGACCCCUCACUCUCCAACCACCAUACCAUGGUAGUGCAGGCAGUCACGUUCAUCUUCAAGUCUCUGGGCCUCAAGUGUGUCCAGUUCCUGCCGCAGGUCAUGCCCACCUUUCUCAACGUCAUCCGCGUUUGUGAUGCCAGUAUCCGAGAGUUCCUUUUCCAGCAAAUGGGAAUGGUGGUGAGCUUUGUGAAGAUUCACAUCCGUCCAUACAUGGAUGACAUUUUCACCCUCAUCAGAGAGUACUGGACACCAAACAACCCCAUGCAGAACACCAUCAUCCUUCUUAUAGAGCAGAUUGUGGUGGCUUUGGGAGGAGAAUUCAAGCUGUACCUGCCUCAGCUCAUCCCACAUAUGCUGCGUGUCUUCAUGCACGAUAACAGCACUGGACGCAGCGUUACCAUCAAGCUACUCAAUGCCAUCCAGCUGUUUGGCGCUAACCUGGACGACUACCUUCACUUGUUGCUGCCUCCCAUCGUCAAGCUGUUUGACGCUCCAGAUGUGCCCCUGCCAGCCCGAAAGGUUGCCUUGGAGACACUUGACCGGCUCACGGAGUCCCUGGACUUCACCGACUACGCAUCACGUAUUAUACACCCAAUCGGGAGGACACUUGACAGCACGCCCGAGCUGCGUUCCACUGCUAUGGACACUCUGUCCUCGCUCGUUUUCCAGUUAGGAAAAAAGUACCAUAUUUUCAUCCCCAUGGUGAACAAAGUGAUGCUGAAGCACAGGGUCAAUCACCAGCGAUACGACAUACUCAUAUGUCGCAUUGUGAAAGGUUAUACUCUGGCAGAAGAGGAAGAGGACCCUUUAAUCUUCCAGCAUCGCCAGACUCGGGGCAACCAAGGUGAUGCUCUCGUCAGUGGCCCGGUGGAACCAGGUCCUAUGAAAAAGCUUCACGUUAGCACUACUGCACUUCAGAAGGCUUGGGGUGCUGCUAGAAAGGUGUCCAAAGAUGACUGGCUGGAGUGGCUGCGGCGCUUGAGUGUUGUUCUGCUCAAGGAGUCCUCUUCCCCAGCACUGCGAUCCUGCUGGUCUCUGGCACAAACUUAUAUUCCUCUUGCCAGAGACCUGUUCAACGCAGCUUUUCUGUCUUGUUGGUCUGAGCUGAGCGAAGACCAGCAGGAUGAGCUCAUUCGAAGCAUCGAGUUGGCUCUCACCUCUCAAGACAUUGCCGAGGUCACACAGACGCUGCUUAACCUGGCAGAGUUCAUGGAGCACAGUGACAAGGGCCCUCUACCCCUCAGAGACGACAAUGGUAUUGUACUGCUCGGAGAGAGAGCGGCCAAAUGUCGUGCCUACGCCAAAGCGUUACAUUACAAAGAGCUGGAGUUUCAGAAAGGUCCCUCUCCUCUCAUCCUGGAGUCUCUUAUCAGCAUCAACAAUAAACUUCAGCAGCCCGAGGCGGCAUCAGGAGUGCUGGAAUAUGCAAUGAAACAUUUUGGUGAAUUGGAAAUCCAAGCCACUUGGUAUGAGAAGCUUCAUGAGUGGGAGGAUGCUCUGGUGGCAUAUGACAAGAAGAUUGACAUGAACAAAGAGGACCCAGAGCUUAUCCUUGGCAGGAUGCGCUGCUUAGAGGCCUUGGGAGAAUGGGGCCAGCUGCACCAGCAGUGCUGUGAAGAGUGGACUCUGGUCAGUGAGGAAACCCAGGCUAAGAUGGCUCGUAUGGCUGCUGCCGCCGCCUGGGGUUUAGGACACUGGGACAGCAUGGAGGAGUACACUUGUAUGAUUCCAAGAGAUACCCAUGAUGGUGCUUUUUAUAGAGCAGUUCUAGCCCUGCAUCAGGACCUCUUCUCAUUGGCCCAGCAGUGUAUUGACAAAGCAAGAGACCUUCUGGAUGCUGAGCUGACAGCCAUGGCUGGAGAGAGCUACAGCCGAGCGUAUGGGGCCAUGGUGUCCUGCCAAAUGCUGUCAGAGCUCGAGGAAGUAAUCCAGUAUAAGCUGGUGCCAGAGAGGAGAGACAUCAUCAGGGAGACGUGGUGGGAGAGGCUUCAGGGUUGUCAGCGUAUUGUAGAAGAUUGGCAGAGAAUCUUGAUGGUCCGAUCCCUGGUUAUCAACCCCCACGAGGACAUGAGGACUUGGUUAAAGUAUGCCAGUCUUUGUGGGAAGAGCGGACGCCUAGCUCUUGCCCACAAGACCCUUGUGCUCCUUUUGGGCGUUGACCCCUCCAAGCAACUCGAUCACCCGCUGCCUACAUCCCACCCACACGUCACAUACGCAUACAUGAAAUACAUGUGGAAGAGUGACCGCAAGAUUGAUGCCUUCCAGCACAUGCAGCAUUUUGUUCAGGGCGUACAACAGCAAGCCCAACAUGCCACUGCAGCCGAAGACCAUCAGCACAAACAGGAGCUCCACAAACUUAUGGCCAGAUGUUUCUUGAAGUUGGGGGAGUGGCAGCUCAGUCUGCAGGGCAUCAAUGAGAGCACCAUCCCCAAAGUUCUGCAGUAUUACAGCAAUUCAACUGAACAUGACCGCAACUGGUACAAGGCCUGGCACGCCUGGGCUGUGAUGAACUUUGAGGCAGUGCUGCAUUACAAGCACCAGAACCAGGGCCGCGACGAGAAGAAGAAGCUGCGACACGCCAGCGGUGCCAGUGCUACCAGCGAAGCCAGCAACAGUGACAGUGAGGUCGACAGUACGGAUCACAGUCCUGUGCCGUCGCCAGGCCAGAAAAAGGUCAAUGAGACUCUGCUCCUGUACACUGUACCUGCUGUUCAAGGAUUCUUCCGCUCCAUUUCCCUUUCCAGAGGGAAUAAUCUGCAGGAUACACUUAGGGUUUUGACUUUGUGGUUUGACUACGGUCAUUGGCCUGAGGUGAAUGAAGCUUUGGUGGAAGGCAUCAAAACCAUUCAGAUAGACACCUGGCUACAGGUAAUCCCUCAGCUCAUAGCUCGUAUCGAUACCCCUCGAGCUCUGGUUGGUCGUCUCAUCCACCAGCUGCUAACAGACAUCGGGCGGUAUCAUCCACAGGCUUUAAUCUACCCGCUGACUGUGGCAUCCAAGUCCACCACCACUGCCCGACAUAAUGCUGCUAACAAGAUCCUGAAGAACAUGUGUGAACACUGCAACACCCUGGUUCAGCAAGCUAUGAUGGUGAGUGAAGAGCUUAUCCGAGUUGCUAUCUUGUGGCAUGAGAUGUGGCAUGAGGGCCUCGAGGAAGCCUCUCGUCUUUACUUUGGUGAGCGUAACGUUAAGGGCAUGUUUGCUGUGCUGGAACCUCUACAUGCCAUGAUGGAGAGGGGACCACAGACACUCAAAGAGACCUCUUUUAAUCAGGCUUAUGGAAGAGAUCUGAUGGAGGCUCAGGACUGGUGCAGGAAGUACAUGCGCUCUGGGAACGUAAAAGAUCUGACUCAGGCCUGGGACCUUUACUACCACGUGUUCAGACGCAUCUCCAAACAGCUGCCACAGCUCACCUCCCUGGAGCUACAGUAUGUGUCUCCAAAGCUGCUGAUGUGUCGGGACCUGGAGCUCGCCGUGCCCGGCACUUACGACCCCAACCAGCCUAUCAUUCGCAUCCAGUCCAUCGCCCCCUCCCUGCAGGUCAUCACCUCCAAGCAGCGCCCACGUAAACUCACCAUCAUGGGAAGUAAUGGCCAUGAGUUCAUGUUCCUGUUGAAGGGCCAUGAGGAUCUGAGACAGGAUGAAAGAGUCAUGCAGCUGUUUGGUUUGGUCAACACUCUCCUGGCUAAUGACCCUGCAUCUCUGCGGAAAAACCUCAGUAUUCAGCGCUACGCCGUGAUCCCCCUGUCCACCAACUCCGGCCUGAUUGGCUGGGUGCCCCACUGUGACACCCUGCAUGCCCUCAUCCGAGACUACAGAGAGAAGAAAAAGAUUUUGCUCAACAUUGAACAUCGCAUCAUGCUCAGGAUGGCACCAGACUACGACCACCUGACGCUGAUGGAGAAGGUGGAGGUGUUUGAGCACGCCGUCAACAACACUGCUGGAGACGACCUGGCCAAACUCUUGUGGCUGAAGAGCCCCAGCUCUGAGGUGUGGUUCGACAGGAGGACUAACUACACUCGCUCCCUGGCUGUGAUGUCCAUGGUGGGCUAUAUUCUCGGCCUGGGUGACAGGCAUCCAUCCAACUUGAUGUUAGACCGGUUAAGUGGCAAGAUCCUUCACAUUGACUUUGGAGACUGUUUUGAAGUGGCAAUGACCAGAGAAAAGUUCCCCGAAAAGAUCCCGUUCAGGCUGACGAGGAUGCUCACCAACGCUAUGGAGGUGACAGGUUUGGAUGGGAACUACAGGAUCACGUGUCACACGGUGAUGGAGGUGUUGAGGGAGCACAGGGACAGCGUCAUGGCUGUUCUGGAGGCCUUUGUCUACGACCCCCUGCUCAACUGGAGGCUCAUGGACACAAACACCAAAGGCAACAAGCGUUCCCGGACCAGGACCGACUCCUACACUGCUGGACAGUCAGUGGAGGCUCUGGAUGGAAUAGACCUCGGAGAGACCACACACAAGAAACCAGGGACCACAGUGCCUGAAUCCAUCCACUCCUUCAUUGGAGACGGUUUGGUGCAGCCGGAGGCUCUCAACAAGAAAGCUAUUCAGAUCAUCAACAGAGUACGAGACAAACUCACAGGUCGGGACUUUUCUCACGAUGAGACGUUGGACGUGCCGACACAAGUGGAACUCCUCAUCAAACAAGCCACGUCACAUGAAAACCUGUGCCAGUGCUACAUCGGAUGGUGCCCAUUUUGGUGAAGAACUGUCUCUUUCAGCCGAGGGUGCUUUUCACAUUUCUUUCCCACCGAUAAACCAAGGAGCACUCAACAAAUCGUCUCACUGAAAAAAUGUCCUUGAACCACAAUACACGGCCUCAACAAAGUUUUUUUUUGUUUGUUUUUAUCUUUUGCUUUUCUGCUGUAAAUGUGUAAUUUCAUAGCAGCACUGAGAUG